AUGACGCCCGCCUGUACAGUCUCUGCUGGUGGAAGCUUGCAACCAGAAGAUCAUUUAACUGAAGGUGCCUCUUCAUCAACGAAUCCAGAAAGAGAAACGGAAUUCGAAAAGAUGCUCUUUGAUAUUGCUAAGGAAAUAAGGAAAGAUGAAUUGAAAUCAUUGAAACAUCUAUGUGGUGAUGUUCAUAGGCUGAUACCAAAAGGGGAUUUAGAGAACAAAGAAAAGGCAUUUGAUGUGUUUCAAUGUUUGCUUGAAGAUAACAAAAUCAGCGUUGGCAACACAGAAUGGUUGGAAGAAUUGUUAAAGAGUAUAAGGAGGAAAGAUCUGUUGAAAUUUGUAUCACCAUUUUCAUCAAAGAAAACUUAA